UUUAACCUAGUGUGUGACUGUGAGUCUGUGUGAGGGAGCGAGUGAGUGUGUGAGGUACUGAGGUGAGGCAGAGGCAAGAAAAGGGGCUCCCUCAGGAGCGAGGGACAAAGGGGGCGUGAGGCAUCUAGGCCGCGGGACCCCAGCGACAGGAAGCCGCCCCGAGCCGGGCUACCGGGUAGGGGAAGGGCCCGCGCAGUCCUCACAGGGCCCCAGAGCCGGAGUCGGCCCCGCAGCCCCGGGCCGUCGGCUUCUUACUUCCUCGACCUCCCCGGCUCCCGGGCCUGAGGAUUGGCUCGGCCGGGGGAGGAGGGGAAACAGACUUGAGCAGCUACCCGUUGUCUCGCAACUCCACUGCUGAGGAACUCUCAUUUCUUCCCCGGCUCCUUCACCCCCCACCUCAUGUAGGAGGGUGCUGAGGAGUCGGGAGGGAGGAGGAGCCUGGGCUACCGUCCCUUCCCUCCCCACCCCCUUCUAGGGGCGCUUUGGUAGGCGUGGGGUAGGGGUUGGGGGGGAGGGUGGGGGUUACUUUUUGUAGUGCUGGGGAACUUUUUCCCCUUUUUGAGGCCAGGGGAAAGGGAAUGCCCAAUCCAGAGAGACAUGGGGGCAAGAAGGACGGGACUGGAGGAGCUUCUGGAACUUUGCAGCCGUCAUCGGGAGGUGGCAGCUCCAACAGCAGAGAGCGUCACCGCUUGGUGUCGAAGCACAAGCGGCAUAAGUCCAAGCACUCCAAAGACAUGGGGUUGGUGACCGCCGAAGCAGCACCUUUGGGUACAGUUAUCAAACCUUUGGUGGAAUAUGACGACAUCAGCUCUGAUUCAGAUACCUUCUCUGACGACAUGGCCUUCAAACUAGACAGGAGGGAGAAUGAUGAACGUCGUGGAACUGAUCGGAGUGACCGCCUGCACAAACAUCGUCACCACCAGCACAGACGUUCCCGGGACUUACUAAAAACUAAACAGACAGAAAAAGAAAAAAACCAGGAAGUCUCCAGCAAGUCGGGAUCGCUGAAGGACCGGAUCUCAGGCAGUUCGAAGCGUUCAAAUGAGGAGAAUGAUGACCACGGGAAGGCACAGCUGUCCAAAAGCAGCAGCAACAAGGAGUCGAGGUCCUCCAAACUCCAUAAGGAGAAGACCCGGAAAGAACGGGAGCUGAAGUCUGGGCACAAAGACCGGAGUAAAAGUCAUCGGAAAAGGGAAACACCCAAAAGUUACAAAACAGUGGACAGCCCCAAACGGAGGUCCAGGAGCCCCCACCGGAAAUGGUCUGACAGCCCCAAGCAAGAUGAUAGCCCCUCAGGAGCGUCUUAUGGCCAAGAUUACGACCUUAGUCCCCCGAGAUCUCACACCUCUAGCAAUUAUGACUCCUACAAGAAGAGUCCUGGAAGUACCUCAAGGAGGCAGUCCAUCAGCCCACCUUACAAGGAGCCUUCGGCGUACCAGUCCAGCACCCGGUCCCCCAGUCCCUACGGUAGGCGACAGAGGUCUGUGAGUCCUUACAGCCGGAGACGUUCGUCCAGCUAUGAAAGGAGCGGCUCGUACAGCGGGAGAUCCCCCAGUCCCUACGGUCGAAGGCGCUCCAGCAGCCCUUUCAUGAGCAAACGGUCUCUGAGUCGGAGCCCGCUCCCCAGUAGGAAAUCUAUGAAGUCUAGAAGUAGAAGUCCCGCAUAUUCAAGACACUCAUCUUCUCAUAGUAAAAAGAAGAGAUCCGGGUCACGCAGUCGACAUUCCAGUAUCUCACCUGUCAGGCUUCCAUUGAACUCCAGCUUGGGAGCUGAACUCAGUAGGAAAAAGAAGGAAAGAGCAGCUGCUGCUGCAGCAGCAAAAAUGGAUGGAAAGGAAUCCAAGGGUUCACCUACAUUUUUGCCUAGAAAAGAGAACAGUUCAGUAGAGUCUAAGGAUUCAGGCUUGGAAUCUAAAAAGUUACCCAGAGGUGUAAAAGUGGAAAAAUCUGCCCCAGAUACUGAACCGGUGAAUGUAACACAUCUAAACACAGAGGUCAAAAAUUCUUUAGAUACAGGGAAAGUAAAGUUGGAUGAGAACUCUGAGAAGCAUCCUGUUCUUAAAGAUUCGAAAGCACAGGGAAUAAGAGACUCUAAACUCGUAGCAUUGAAAGAGGAGAUUGUUACUCCAAAAGAGACAGAGACAUCAGAAAAGGAGACCCCUCCACCUCUCCCCACAGUUAUUUCUCCUCCACCUCCUUUACCAACUACUACCCCUCCACCUCAGACACCCCCUUUGCCACCUUUGCCACCACUACCAGCUAUUCCACAGCAACCACCUCUGCCUCCUCCCCAGCCAGCAUUUAGUCAGGUUCUUGCUUCUAGUAGUUCAACUUUGCCCCCUUCUUCUCACCCAAGGACAUCUGCUGUGUCCUCUCAGGCAAAUUCUCAGCCCCCUGUACAGGUUUCUGUGAAGACUCAAGUAUCUUUAACAGCUGCUAUUCCACACUUAAAAACUUCAACGUUGCCUCCUCUGCCCCUCCCACCCUUAUUACCGGGAGAUGAUGACAUGGAUAGUCCAAAAGAAACUCUACCUUCAAAACCUGUGAAGAAAGAGAAGGAACAAAGGCCACGUCACUUACUCAUGGACCUCCCUCUCCCUCCAGAGCUCCCUGGUGGGGAUCCAUCUCCCCCAGACUCUCCAGAACCAAAGGCAAUCACACCACCUCAGCAACCAUAUAAAAAGAGACCAAAAAUUUGUUGUCCUCGUUAUGGAGAAAGAAGACAAACAGAAAGCGACUGGGGGAAACGCUGCGUGGACAAGUUUGACAUUAUUGGGAUUAUUGGAGAGGGAACCUAUGGCCAAGUAUAUAAAGCCAAGGACAAAGAUACAGGAGAGCUGGUGGCCCUGAAGAAGGUGAGGCUAGACAAUGAGAAAGAGGGCUUCCCAAUCACAGCCAUUCGUGAAAUCAAAAUCCUUCGUCAGCUAAUCCACCGAAGUGUUGUUAACAUGAAGGAAAUUGUCACAGAUAAACAAGAUGCACUGGAUUUCAAGAAGGACAAAGGUGCCUUUUACCUUGUAUUUGAGUAUAUGGACCACGAUUUAAUGGGACUGCUAGAAUCUGGUUUGGUGCACUUUUCUGAGGACCAUAUCAAGUCAUUCAUGAAACAGCUAAUGGAAGGAUUGGAUUAUUGUCACAAAAAGAAUUUCCUGCAUCGGGAUAUUAAGUGUUCUAACAUUUUGCUGAAUAACAGUGGGCAAAUCAAGCUGGCAGAUUUUGGACUUGCUCGGCUCUAUAACUCUGAAGAGAGUCGCCCUUAUACAAACAAAGUCAUUACUCUUUGGUACCGACCUCCAGAACUUCUGCUGGGAGAGGAGCGUUAUACACCAGCCAUAGAUGUUUGGAGCUGUGGAUGCAUCCUUGGGGAACUGUUCACAAAGAAGCCUAUUUUUCAAGCCAAUCUGGAACUGGCUCAGCUAGAACUGAUCAGUCGACUCUGUGGUAGCCCUUGUCCAGCUGUGUGGCCUGAUGUUAUCAAGCUGCCCUACUUCAAUACCAUGAAACCGAAGAAGCAAUAUAGAAGGCGUCUGCGAGAAGAAUUCUCUUUCAUUCCUUCAGCAGCACUUGAUUUACUGGACCACAUGCUGACACUAGAUCCUAGCAAACGUUGCACAGCUGAACAGACCCUACAGAGUGACUUCCUUAAAGAUGUCGAGCUCAGCAAAAUGGAUCCUCCAGACCUCCCGCACUGGCAGGAUUGCCAUGAAUUAUGGAGUAAGAAACGGCGACGGCAGCGACAAAGUGGUGUUGUAGUGGAAGAGCCACCUCCAUCCAAAGCCUCUCGAAAAGAGACAACCUCAGGGACAAGUGCUGAGCCUGUGAAGAACAGCAGCCCAGCACCACCUCAGCCUGCUCCUGGCAAGGUGGAGCCUGGGGCUGGGGAUGCAAUAGGCCUUGGUGACAUCACACAGCAGUUGAAUCAAAGUGAAUUGGCAGUGUUAUUGAACCUGCUGCAGAGCCAAACUGAUCUGAGCAUCCCUCAAAUGGCACAGCUGCUUAAUAUCCACUCCAACCCAGAGAUGCAGCAGCAGCUGGAGGCCUUGAACCAAUCCAUCAGUGCCCUAACAGAAGCCACUUCUCAGCAGCAGAACUCAGAGCCUGUGGCCCCAGAGGAAUCUUUGAAGGAGGCACCCCCUGCCCCGGUGGUCCAGCCUUCAGCAGAACAGACGACCCCUGAAACUUCAAGCACACCAGCUGACAUGCAGAAUAUGUUGGCAGUUCUCUUGAGUCAGCUGAUGAAAACCCAGGAGCCAUCAGGCAACCUGGAGGAAAACAACAGUGACAAGAACAGUGGGUCACAGGGGCCCCGAAGAACUCCCACAAUGCCACAGGAGGAGGCAGCAGCGUGUCCUCCUCACAUUCUUCCACCAGAGAAGAGGCCCCCUGAGCCCCCCGGACCUCCACCGCCGCCACCUCCACCCCCUCUGGUUGAAGGCGAUCUUUCCAGCGCCCCCCAGGAGUUGAACCCAGCCGUGACAGCCGCCUUGCUGCAACUUUUAACCCAGCCUGAAGCAGAGCCUUCUGGCCACCUGCCACAUGAGCACCAGGCCUUGAGAUCAAUGGAAUACUCCACCCGACCCCAUCCCAACAGGACUUAUGGAAACACUGAUGGGCCUGAAACAGGGUUCAGUGCCACUGACACUGACGAACGCAACUCUGGUCCAGCCUUGACAGAAUCCUUGGCCCAGACCCUGGUGAAGAACAGGACCUUCUCAGGCUCUGUGAGCCACCUUGGGGAGUCCAGCAGUUACCAGGGCACAGGGUGGCAGCAGCAGCAGGAGGGAUGGCCUCUGAGGAAUUUGAUGUCCAUCAGCCACCUGGCAUCCGGAGCCCUGACAAGUUCACUCUUUCACAGACUCUAAAGCCAGGUUUGAUGGGAGAUCCUAUCUGUACAAACACUGUGCGAGACACCAGAAAUAGAGGCCUACAAGCCUGCUUCUCUCCAUCCUCAAUGCCCAGAAUCAGGCAGGUUACCAGCCUCUAUUGCCCAGCCCUACUCUUCUUGUUGCCAGAUGUGGAAAUGGAGACCUUAAGAAAGGAAAACAGUUGAAUCCUGUCCUGGAGUUGCUUUGUGUUUCUGGAUUUGAAGAGUUCCUGGGAACACAGGGAAAGAUUCCUAGAGAUGAAGGAGGGAGCUCUGGCCCUGCAAGUAGGAAGACAGUGGGCUCCAGGGCCCUUUGGGUGCAUAUCUGCCUGGCUGGAGGAGGCGGGAGGAAGAAGGCUGCUGGCAGCUCAGCUGAGCUCAAGAUUCUGGUGACUCAUAGCAAUGGGGGCGGCUCAUGAAAGCAACAGAAAGGAAAGAGGUCCAGGCCUGUCAGGUUGGCAAUGUGCAUCUUCUCCAUCCUUUCUGAAUUAGGGGGAUGAUAGGAUACUGUGUGUGAGAUCACACCAGCAGAAAGGGACCAGAAGGUGGACCAAGAGAACCAUUCAUGCCUCCAACCACAGUCCCAGGGGCCUCGUUGUUUCAGCAAAAGGAAACAGGGAUCUUGGAUACCAAUGUAUCUGGAUACAUAAUAAUAAAUACCCUUCCUGUAACGUCAGAGAAGGAUUUACUAAGAGGAAGGGGGUUCUCUGAUAGCCUGAGUUUUCAAUUGCCUAUUUCUAUUCUUUUCAUUGCUUGUGGCUCUGCUCUCCAGCUGGUGUGAGGGUCUCUCUGCUCCUGGAGAUCCACAGACAGUUUUGGUUGGAGAAAGGGACAGACAAACUGCUCUUCAUGUAGAGAGAUGGGACCAGCUGCACUCCCCCAGCUCUCCCUUGCAGCAUUAGGAGCCCAAAGGACCUUGCUGGAACACCCGUAAUAGAGUUCAGUCCUGAACUGAACCAACACAUCACCUGGCUCUCGUAUAAAAGUGGUGCUAUGAGGGGGAGCCUGGGUGCACCAGGUGGGGUGUAGGCAGAUGUGGGGAGUUCAGCCCCAGGAGAGAGAGAAGAAUCACUCCUCAAUACCAUAUGCUCCUCCUCUUUCUCAAACCUCCUUGGCCCCUCUUUUUUUCUACCUCCCUUCAGCCAACUCCACUCCUGGGCACCUUAUCCCCUCCAAUCUGAGAAGACAUGGUAAGUAGUUGUCUGUUCCCUACACUUUUGUAUCUCUCAUUCUCCUCCUUUGCUUCCAAUUCCUAGCCAAGAGUUACCCCAUUUGAACUCUCCACCAGUGAUGCCAUCAGGAUCUGAACCUAGAAUCCCCAGCCUCUCCCAACCCUCUGACUCUGAGAAUGCCACUCUGACUCAUCAGUCCUCCUCCUCCCCACAAGUACCACCAGGCCAAGACUAGUAUGUCCACCAGCACCAAGGACACUGACCUGAAGCAGAGGGCAGCCCUAGGGGGUGCAUUGGGGCCCAGCCCUAAAUGCGUGUAUGCCUGUGCAUUGGGCACACUGGUUUAUUAGUGUUAUUUCAGCAUUGUGAUGCAGAGAGAGUAAGUGUAACAGCUGCUCCUUGCUUGCAGUGUUUAUUGUUACCUAGAGACAACCUCCUGGCUUUUUCCCAGCUCCCCCUCCCCCCAGCCCAACCCCCUCCCUGCCAACAGGCCUACUCUCCCCACACUGAUGGGAAAUUUAUAGCUUGCCCAUACCAUGCCUUUAACCCUCUCCUGUCCAUAGGAUAGGUGGGGUGAGGGAAGCCAAAGUGAGCAGUGGUAGCCCCAGCAGGGUAGAAUAGUGUGGAGCAGGGAGGGAAGGAGGGAGAAGACAUCUCCCCUCCCCAAUCUGUGUGUCCAGACUCAGGUCCCAGUUGCCCUCCUGGGUCUCCUGUUGAGAGAAAAGAACUUUGGACCUAGCCUUGGGAUCCCAGCAUCCUCCUCACAACAUAAUUCUCUUCCCUGGGCACCUCUGAGUCCCCUAUUUGGGCUGCUUGGUCCUGGGCAAGUACAUCAAGGUAGUAUUGAAACAAGAGGAGUAAAUACAGAGGGGCAGAACCCCCAGCCCCCUCCUUUCUAUAGAGAUGUCAUAUUGAGACAAACAAGAGGCUGUGGCAUGAGGGAUGCUGGCCAGAUCUCCAUAGCUAGAUCUCCACAGGUAGAUGUCAAACAUGAACCUGGCUGCUGAGCCUAGUGGGAAAAACUCAAAUUCACCCUGAUCCCAAAACAGGUCCUGAGAGACACUCAGGCCAUCCUUUAAGCUGGUCUUCUUGGUCUGGUUAGGCUACUCCUUUCUGCUUUUCUUCCUGGUCCAUUUUCUCCUGCUCAUCUUUUGGUUUGAUACCUUAGGGCAGAUCCAAGAGACCAAGGGGACUGAGGCAUCCUAGUCAGUGUCUCAACAGAACUGGGGAAGCUCCUCUCUCCCCUCCUGACGUAGGACUUUUCAUGGAGAGGAACCAUAUCAUAUAUUCACCAUCCCCACUGGAAACAAGAGGAAAAGGGAUCAGAUUUUACCAGAAAGGAUAGAGCUUAGACAUAUGGAAAAACUUACUCAUGGGCUGUAAGACUUCAGAAUGGGCCUACUUCUCAUCAGAGAUUUUUCUUCUGCCUGGGAUGUGUUUAAGUCUACCUAAGGGGCACUGGAAAAACAGGGUUACUUUUCUGGGGCUCCUCCAGAUGUAGGUCCCUGUGCAGUUUCCACACAGUGCACCCCUCCUCAGCCCUUCUAAAUGUAUGUGUGGUGGUUAGAUCGCAAGUUUUGGAAGCAGACAGCCUUGGGUUCUAGUCCCAGCACUGCCAUUUAUCAGCUGUGCUACCUUGGUAAGUCACUUAACCUUUUUGAGCCCUAAUUUCCUUGUCUGUGAAAUGCAGAUAAACAAUCUCUUAAGGUUGUAGAGAGAAUUUAGUGAAAUAAUGUGUAUAGAGCACCUAGGACAGUGCCUCAUACUCAGUGGGUGCUUAGUCAACCAUUGAUGCAAUAGUCUAUUACUUUUAUGCAGUCAGCAGGGCUGAAAUUGCUUCAAAGACUCCAUGAGUCCCCUGAAAUUGUAGGCCAAAUGUGUUUAUGUGCAUAUACUGGGGAGAAUGUCCAUACUUUUCUUCAUGAUGUGGGGGGGGGGGUGCCAGUCUCCUGGAAAGGAAGUAGCCCCAAUCUCUUGACUCAGACUCCCCAAGAAGUCAGUUCCGUCAUUCCCAUGCCUCUCAAGCCAGGAGCACCUUAGGCAGUGUUCUUCUACCUGGAAGUACAGCUUCAUCUAAGAUGGAGCUGGGGAGAGACAGCCAUUAGGAUAGCAACACCUUGCAUUUGCCAGGCACUUUACAGUUUGUCAAGUACAUUUACCUACAUUUGCUCUUUUGAUACCCAGAACAUGACAGUAAAGUGAAGCGAACUAUCAUUUAUUGAGUGUCUAAUAUGUGCCAGGCAUUGUGCUAGGUGUAUUUUUUUUAAGUAUGUUUAAAGUCUGUAAAGUGUUUCAUCACCUAGAUAUGCUGUGAUUUAUAACGCUCAUCUCCUAUUUUUAAUCAUUUAGAUAUUUUUAUUGAAAUAAUAUCACAAUGAACAUCUUAAGAUAUAAAAGUUCAUGCAUUUUUUAUAGUAAAUUCUAAGAAGUGGAAUUAUUGGGUCAACAGAUACAGAUAUCCUCCCCUCUCUAUAGUUAUGAUCAUUUUAUUGAUGAACCCUAAUGAGAAUAAUAUUUUUUAAUCUUCCUCUUUGGAAUUCUGCAAUGGAAACACAAGGGCAGCCCCUUCUCUCUCCUAUACCCAACAGAGACAUUAAUAAUCUAUCAUAGCUUUUUUUUAAUUGAAGUAAUUGUAGAUUCACAUGCAGUUGUAAGAAAUAAUACAGAGAGAUUCCAUGUACAUUUUAUCUACUUUCACCCAAUGGUAACAUUUUACAAAACUAUAGUAUAAUAUCACAACCAAAACAUUGACGUUGAUACAAUCCACCAGUCUUAUUCAGAUUUCCAGUUUUACUUGUUCUUGUGUGUGUAUUAAGUUCUAUGCAGUUUUAUUAUCUGUGUAAAUUCGUAUAUCUACCACUACAGUCAAGAUAAUUGAACAGGGGCUGGCCCCGUGGCCGAGUGGUUAAGUUCACAUGCUCCACUUUGGCGGCCCCGGGUUUCACCAGUUUGGAUCCUGGCCAUGGACGUGGCACGUCUCAUUAGGCCACACUGAGGUGGUGCCCCACAUGCCACAAGUAGAAGGACCCACAACUAAAAUAUACAACUAUGUACUGGGGGGAUUUGAGGAGAAAAAGCAGGAAAAAAAACCUGAACAGUUUUAACACCACAAAGAUUCCUCAUGUUGCCCUUUUAUAAUCAUGCCCAUCUCACCCCUCCUUAACCCUUGAGAACCACUAAUCUAUCCUCCACUUCUAAAAUUCUGUUGUUUCAAAAAUGAAGUCAUAUACUAUGUAACUUUUUAGGCUUGGCUUCUUUCAGCAUAAUUCCCUGAAGAUUCAUCCAAGUUUUUGUAUGUAUCAAUGGUUCAGUCUUUUUAUUUAUGCCAUGGUAUGAAUGUACCACAGUUUGUUUAACCAUUCACCUGUUAAAGGACACUGUACUCUCCCUUUGUAUUCACUAGCAAUUAAUGAAGUAGCUCAUUUUAUGUGGUGUGUUGAGUGUUUCAUAUUCACAAUUAUUAAGCUUAUUAACUCUUCAAGCAUGGCACUAUGAUUAUAUCCACUUUAUAGAUGAGGAAAAUUGAGGCUCACAGUAAAUGAUUUUCUCGCAAUUACAUGCUGUUAAAUGGCAAAGAGCCUGGAACCCAGGAUAAUAGGGCUCUUCCACUAAACCAGGCCUUCUCAGACCUUGCUUAAGGUUGCUGGGAAGAGGGUGUGGGUGGAACCAGAAGAGAGAUGUUGGGGCAGGAAGAAUACUGGAGCAGCCUGGGUCAAUUGAGGUCCUCACAGCUAACUUUGGUUCAUAGGUUAGAAGAUAAACAGUGUCAUGGAACAGGGGGCAACACGGUAUGAGCCUUUGAAAUUGUUUCCCCCUUGCCAGGGAAGAACAAGGCUAAAGUGGAUGGAGCCCAUGAGCAAUCUGCCCACAGACCUGGGACCUGGAAUGAGAAAGGGAGGAGCUAGCCUUUAGGUGUCUAUCAGAGAAUGAGUAGUCAAGGCUGUCCUUGAAAAUGUGAAGUUGAAUGUGUCUCUAAUGAGGUCUGAAGAAAUUGAGGCCCAUAACAACAAGUGAGCUCUCUAUUCUGGAUGGAAAAGGGAGAUAGUAGCACUUUUUUGGGGAGGCAAGGGGGACUACAGGUCAUUAACACACACACAUAAACCUUGGGCAGGCUCAGUGUCAGGAACAUGGUACAAGGGGCAAGCAGAGUAGAAGCAAAAAUGCUAGACCAACACUUACUGCUGACUACCACUGCACUUUCCCUCCAACUGAAGUCAUGGACAGCUAAGUCAGAAGGAGCUGGAGAAAUUGUUUGGUCUGUCCCUCAGCCUCUGGGCACUGGUUGAAGCUGACAGGUGGAAACCUAGAGUUGGCUCAGACAUGAUGGAUGGUAGAGAUGCCAACUUGCAAGAGAGAAGGUUUGGCUCCUCUCCUGGGAGCUGUGUCUGGUCAAAGGCUGCCUCCUCCCACCUCCUGCUGGAACCAGCUCCUUUAUAGUUGAUGUUACCAUUGCUCCCUUGGCCUAUUCCAGUGGCUGUGGACUCAUAACAAUUUUCCCCAUCUACUUACAGCUUUAGAACCAGGCCAAGAGCAUGUAUCACUCUUCUCCAUCUCUUUUGGCUCAUCAGAAAUGGCAUAUCUUCUCCCAGUGGGACGCACCAUGCUUACCCAGUAAUUCCAGUCAUGGAGAAUAAAUACCGAGGCCUUCACAAUUUAUAGGGACUACAUUGCAUUGUUGAAACAACCAGAGAUAUCCAUUCUGAAUGUCUUUUUGUUGGAAAUUCUUAGACAAAGAGAAACCACUCUUUACCAACUCUUAUGCCUACUGAGAUUUCCUGACUGCCAGAGGUCCUAAGUGUGGCUAGAAGAAAGCUACCUUCCCUUGGAGCCAAGAUGGUUCCUAACCAGGAAAUCUCAGGACCCCCCACUUACUCCCUUUCCUUGACUGCCCCUCUAGUCUAGGUCCCCUCCUCUUCUGCCACCACUCCUUUCCCAUUCCUCCUUUCUCUUCUACUCUCUCUCUCAGCAAGUUUUUUAUGUGAUUACAGGCACUGCAUGGUAAUUAGUGCUAAACUCAUUUGCACAACUACAGUUAAUUGGCUACAACAAUUAAUUAAUGUGUUGGAAAUUUGGCACUGGAAAAAAAAAGUUUGUCAUCAAAAAAAGGGCAAAAAAUUGUAGAGUGAGAUACCCAUAAAAAUCGAGGGCAGGCUUCAAAAGCCCAGCUGGGCCUCAAACUUCAGGCCGGCCUCAGAUGCCUUCCCAUUCUCAACUUCAAUAUGUUUUCUUCUUUCCUCUGUUUUUUUUUUCCUCUUUCUUUCUCUAUUUCUCUUCUCUCUCUCUCUCUUUUUUUUUUUUUUUUUUUUACAACUUAAGCAAACUCAUUUCCCUGAUAAAAUAUAGCAUGACUAAUGGCUAGAGCAUGUAAAAAUCAUUGGGAAAAUGUCCUUGGAAGACGAAUGCAUUUUCAGCAGAAUAAUUAACUUAAUUAACAAAUUCACAUGCAUAUUCAUCAGGCUAUUAAUGUCUUCUCGGCUCAGCUUGAUGAACAUUGCGGUAAUAACCAUCUCAUUUACAUACUGCAUUCUACUGCGAUCCAAAACAGAGACAACAUACAGGCAUACACACACACACACACACACACUUGCUUGAAUACACACAACAUGCCUGGGCCGCUUUGACUUCCAGGUUGGCUGGGAGUGUGUGUGUGUGUGUGUGUGUGUGUGUGUGUGAGUGUGUGAGUGAGGCAGAGGGGUGGAUGGGAACCUAACUAGAUGGUGUGAUCUUGAGAGGGUCAUGAGUGCGGUGGGCUAGGGAUGCCAACGUGUGGAUGUGGAUAUCUGAGAGAACUUUAAUUCUGUCUCUCUCUCUGUCUCUCUCUGUCUCACUCUGCCUCUUAUUCCUUGUUUCUUUUUCUCUGUGUCAUUUUCUUUCUUCUUCUCGCGCACCCUCCCCCCCAUGUCUCUCUAGGGAAAAACUUGGUAUCGGUGCCAACUUUUUACCCCUUCCCCUCCUCCCUCACUCUCCUCCUUCCCCUCUCCCAACUGCUGCCAGCCGGCAUCAGCGCCGAAUUGCCAUCUCCUUGAGCUCUCUGUGGAGCAAUCUCAGAGAGCAGUAAGGUGUGACGCGAGGCUCUGCCGGCUUCGCAGCACCGCCUGCGGAAAGAACGCAGGAUGGCGGAGGAAGAUUAAGAGAAAUCGCGAGCAGGGCUUGGCUGCAAUUGGUGUGUGCAAACGCCGAAGAGGAAGGGAGAGGGAGAGCGAGGAGGGAGGGUAGAAGUGGGGGAGGAACCAGCAGCUGUCGGCCUAAUUCUUCUAACACUCUGCUUGUGGUCAUAUUAGAAAAACAGAUUAUGCCCCUCGGUGCCACUCACUUAUACUUGACAUACGUUAAUGUUCUAUAUCUCCAUUCUCGGGUCUUGACGUCGGUGGACUUAGGGUCAAGGAGGAUGGUGUUCUGGGUGGCCAAGGGGCACAAAAGAUCCUGCCUCUACGUUUUUCCUGACCUCCAACCCUAGUCUGUAGUAGCCCUUUAGAAAGCAAGCCUGGGCCCAGAAUUUGCAUCUGAUGCCACCCUUUGGCCCAGCUUUUUGCAGCCCCAUAAGAGGUGCAGAGGUCAGAGGACACCUGGAAGCCCUUUCCCCUAAAAGUAACUCCCCAUUUAGAGUCUUAAUAGGUCACUUUAGGGCCAAAUGAGACUAGCUUUGUAGCACUCCUACCCCUAACAUUUCUAGGGCCCUCCCCCUUAAAUCAGAAGUUGGGGGUCAGAGAAAGGUAUCUGUGGCAAUCAGUGCUCCCUGAGGGGGUUACAGAGAAGCCAGAAGCAAACAAGGCCAGGAUUGUUUCUGGGUUGCUAUGGAAACCAGGUUCCCGCCUCCUGGCAGGAUGGGAGGCGUGCCUGAGGCCUUCCUCUUUCUACCAAUCCUGAAGGCUAUAAAGGUGGAGUUUACCAAGGCCUGGGGCAUAGGGAUGGUCUUGGAGGACAAACCAACCAUUCCCAGCAGCCCUGCUUGUCAGUCCAUAGCCCUUUGACCCCCACCUUCCCUACCCUCUCACCCCAAUAUUCAGUCAGAGGAGACUUUUUCCACACAGUAUCUGUCCUCUAUGGAGACCUGUUGCUUAGCAACCACUAGUGCCUUCUUCCUAAUAACUUGCAGGGACUGAGAUAUAAUAUCUGUCUCUCCAUAUUCAGUUUCCCUCCUCUGUCUAUUUAUAUUUAAUAACUGAAGGCCUGUCUUGGGUUCCUUUGGCACAUGUUUUAGAGGACUUUUAGAGGAUUAAGCUGUAGCCUGAAGAAAUAAAGUUACACCUGAGGAAGAACUUCCAAACAGGGAAGAGUGGGAGAAAAGACUGGAGUAGGUAGGGAAGCUGUGGAAUCAUACUCUCUUAAGUAUAGGUAGAGAGAAAAAAUUUAGAACUUGGAAUGUGGGGAGGGAAUGUCUACAGGGAUUCCCAAGGGUGCUCUCCUGGACCUGGAGUAGACCUAACAGAGCUGCUUCCUGGGCUAGCAUUUUCCAUUCCCCAUACUCUGCCCUGCCCCUCCUUGCUGACCACUUCAAGUCUAGAGCCCUCUCAUAUUUCUAUAUGUGGGAGGCCCAUCCCUCUGAGGAUGCCCAGUUUCCUAGUAUCUAGAUGUUGGUAUCCAGGAAGAGGGGCUGUGUCAGUGUGUGUCCAGCAAGGUGUGGGUGUCUUCCAAAGUUUUUCAGUCACAGGGAGGGAGUUCUUCUGAGCUCUCUACUAGAAAACUCCAGACCUGAUCAAGCACAAAGCUGUCUAGGGAGAGUAGCAAUGUCCCUAUAAUCUUCCCCACCUCCAGUCCCAACCUCUGACCUCUAGUUCUCCCUGCUGACACCCCACCCUGACCUGCUACCCUUCUCCCCAGUCAGCACCUUCACUGCCAUCGUGCUAGCUCACAGACUGUACGAUUUCACCCUCCAUACCCUGCUUCUCGGCACCUCCUCCAACCCGAGCCUUCUGUAGGAGACAGAUGGGAUGUCUGUGAUGGAAAAGGCUCUGGGCUCUACGCCGCCUUGGGUGGGCAGCCCCCUCCCUAUCUCCCCACUACUCCCUCUCCCUACCUAAGACACUUAGAUUCACCCCAGGCAGCUUUGGGAACUGCUGAGGAUUCCAACUCUCUUCCCUUCUCAGACUUGGCCCCAGAAGCAGAGCCAGAAUUGCAUCCUUCUCCAAGUCUAGACUUCAACCCCUCUUCAUGGAAGACCAAUGCAAAGGAGGAAGUAGGUUAGGGAAUGGUAGGGCUCCAUGUGAAGGGACUAAUGUGGAGAGGCAGGAGAGGCCCAGAGUCCCUGAAUGAGGACUGGAUGGCUAAGGUUUGGGGCCUAAGUUGACAGAGGAGGCUGAGCCUAGGCAGUUCCUUUGCUCCAGAAAUCUGGGGUCCCUGGAGGGAGGCUCAGCCUGGGGAGGGGGGAAAGGGAGCUAACCUUACAGAGCACCAACUGUGAGCCAGGCAUGAUGCCAGAGCCUUUUCAUACCUGUACUCAACUAGCAGGUGAGGAGUCAGGGUGAAUAGGUGUCUCAUGAAUCUUAGCAUCUCUCAGCACAGCUGACCACCUCCUCCUUUGAUUCUAUGAUAUCAUUGCCAAUUCUUCCACCGCUCUAGCUGCUCUUUCUUUGUCUCCUUUGCAAGCUCAUCCUCAACUUCUUAGACUUAGCCAAGUCCCCUAAUUAUACACUUUUAUGGUACUAUAUAUCCUUAUUUCAGAGCACUUAGCACAGUUAUUUCACACUUAUAUGUGCAGUCAUUUGAAUAAUGAUUCUAUUUCUCCCACCAGAUGGAAAGUUGCACAAGGACAGUGACCACAUCUGACCGUGUUCAUCAGUGUGCUCCCAGUGCCCAGCACAGUGCCUAGCAUAAAGCAGCUGUUUGGAAACAAGAAGAGAAGGCCCAGAGAAGAGAAGAGGGAAGGUGGAACUCCAUGAAGACACUCAUGUGCAACAUACACUAGUGCACAAUGGGAUAUGUGCACACAGCUGUGUGUGCAGGUCAGGAUGCUUGCUGAGGCCCCCUGUAGCACGUAUACACACAGCUUGCACAUCACCCAGGCAUGGAGAGGAAUUAUUCACAUAUGCAGGCCAGUCUUUCCUCCUAUAUUCAGGCCACUGUCCUAACCAGAACAAGCUGGUUUCUGCAAGUUGCUAGCCUGAGCUGUGCCCCAGGUUUUUCCCAUAAAUCCUAAUACACCAGCAUUCCCCAGCUCCUGGCAGCUACCUGGAGUCAACCGUAGCAGUGACAGAGCCAGACAGCAACUCUGCCAGGAUAGGGGUGGAGGGCACCUGCGCUCAUCCUGUGCACCUGUCUUGGCUACAGUGUGGUGCCUUCUCUGGUGAUUAUCAGAUGACAGGUUCAGACAUCUCACCUGGGAGAGAGAUGAGACAUCUCACCUCAUCUCACCUCUCACCUGGCAUAGCCUUGGUUCAGAGGAAAGAGGGGGCUAAUAGGAGGUGAGAGAGGCAGAAUAUGUGCUUCUCUGUGACCCCCUUUCAUCUUUACCUGUCUCCAGGAGAUAGGUGACCCCCCAUUAUCAGGAAACACUUCUCAAGUGCCUACCCUCUAGGAAACACUAUGCUUAGUUUAGCACAGUGCCUCACAAUUUUCUGGGCUGGGUUGAUAGCCCCAAGAAUCUGGAUGUGCUGUCCCCAUUGGAGGAUCCACAGUAACUUGCAUGGUAACCUCAACCUUACCCAUGUUAGGCUGCCAGGCCAAGGGAUGCUCCCUGACCUUCUCCAGGAUUCCCCCUCCCUCAAGGAAGGAGCCAGCUUCUCCACAGACUGGUGUGGCUGCCAGCCAAGAGGCUUGGGGCAGGCCUGGGGCAUGCAGCUGGCACCUGCCCACCAGAUCCCUAAGGAGCACCCUCCUCCUCCACUCCAUAGCACCAUUCAGAUGGCUCCUGGGCUACAGGGAGGCAGAGCUCACCACUCCCCAUUCUCAGAGAAAACCUCAAGCUGGAAAGCCCAUCACCACCCUUUCCACUGUAAUCUGCUCUAAGAUCCUCCACCAGACUAGAUAUACUAAAGACCCACUAGGUACUUUUUCCAAGCAGGACCAAACACUUAACACAGUAGGGGUUGGUCUGGGGCUAGGUAAGGGGCCUUGAGGUGUGGGACCUGGGCUGGAAUUAUGGGAGGAGUUGCUGAGGUCAAGAGGUGGAUGAGGAAGAACUUGAUGGGAGUGAGAUACGAUGGGGGACAUGAAGAGAAGGGGCUGAGUGAAUUUGCCUCUCUCAUCUAAUUAGUGGUAUGCAAAUGAUAUGCAAAUGACCCCCUCUUUGUUUUGAGACCACAGGGCCUAUGCUUUUUGGAAGUGGGCUACAGAGGGACUACCAGGCAGCGUCUCUGAGACCUUCAGAUAUGGGACACCCAGGCUCAAGAGGGAGGCCAGAGUGCAGCCAUCUGGUUCUAGCUUAUUUCCUGGACGGCCUUACUCUCUAUGAGCCUCAAUUUCUCUAUGUGUGAAAUGGCAGGACUGGACUGGAUGGUCUCUAAGUACUGUCAGUACUGACAGUCUAGGGUUCUCUGAUCUGGAGCCCAAUGCCAGCCCAGGGUGAAGGGAUUGAUUCCAUUCUGGGGUGGAAGCUACUUGGCUCUUUGCCCCUGCUGCCCACCUCAGCAGUUGUGUCAUACCACCCCCAUAUCCCCAUGCACCUGUCAUGCCAAACGUGGGCAGUUUCCUGCAGGCGCUGUCCUCUCCUACUCCUUGUCUUUACCCACACUGUUUCUUCUGCUUGGAAUGCCCUUUCUGCUUUAGCCCCUCACCUGGCUAACUCCAACUCGAACAGCCUUACCUACCUUACCCUUCCACCUUCUGGGCAUCCCUAUGCGCUGUUUACUUCUCUCAUUUCCCACUAGACUGUGAACUCCUAGAGGGCAGGUUCUGGGUUUUGCUCAAGAUGGAAUCUCUGAUGUAAGUAUAUUUAUUAGUUUCCAAAGGCUGCCAUAACAAAUUACCACAGCCUUGGCAGCUUAAAACAACAGUUUAUUCUCUCACAUUUCUGGGGGCCAGUAGUUCAACAUGAGUUUCACUGGGCCAGAAUCCAGGUGUCGGCAGGACUGUGCUCGCUCGGGAGGCUCUAGGGGAGAAUCUGUUCUUUCAGCUUCUAGUGGCUGC